AUGCCACGAAAUAAAUAUAUACACAUGCCGUAUCUACCCAUAUGUAUGUUGUAUAUGUAUAUGCAUUUAUAUGCAUACUGUCGCUGUCGACAUCAAGGUCCGCUAGGAACUGCCCAGGCCGCCUGCAGCGUACAAGCUUGGAUGGCCGGUGCUGGCGGAGGAGCGUUGCUGGCUGCCCUUGCAGCAGCUUUGGCUGAUGAUGACCCAUCCGAUCAGCUACCCAUGACGUGCUGCAAGUGUGGGGAACGGUGUGCCAACCGGGCGGAGUCAUGGGCUCACACUCAUGCAACCGGGCACCGUGAGUUCCGAUCAUGUCUCGCGGAUGAGCAAGAUGAACACAGCCAGCUGCCCCGUGAGUGCCAAAGUUGUGAUCGCCGCUGUGCGAACCAGGCCGAGGCACGGGCUCACGCGCGAGAGUCCGGCCACGAUCAGUUCCGAGUUCGGGGCCAUCACUGCUACCACUGUGCCGGCCUGGCGGCACGUUGCUCAUGCAGCCAUGGUUGCCCAAAGCCAGCCGGUGCAAGAUGCGACACCCGUCAGUCUGAUCACUGCGAACAUUGUAGAGGCAGAGCUGGUACAUGUGCAUGCCACGAGGGUUGCCCUCAAACUGCCCGCUCUCGAUGCUUGCAGCUCGGAGGCCCAGGGGCCACUCAGCAAGAGCGCACAGGCCACAGGUUCAAUGGUGACCAGUGUGGUGUUUGCCGCGAAUGUGGCAUGUGCACCUGGCGUCUCACGAGCCGUAGUGGUAGAAAGUGCAUGAAUGAUGGCACACGCCCCGCAGCCCACAGACCUCGCAUUUGUGGCUGUGGCGGUGGGCCCUCUGUGUGCUCCGCAUGUGGAGUUGGGCCUUGCUGUGCACGAACGCCGUGUGACCAGCCCAGACCACCACCGCCACCACCCACACCGCCCACACUGCGGAGUCUACGGAGGGAUCGAUCCGGGCCCCGCGCAGGCAACGCUCAAGACAAUGCUUUGGACGAGGACUUGCAGCUUGCCCAAGCCAUUGCCCAGUCCUUGGACAGCCCAGCCGCCCACUUGUCGGAACGAGAGCGGCGGGAAGCGGAAGACUUGGAGAUGGCCAUCGCGCUCUCCCUCUCCGAGUCUUCCCCAGCACAACACCCAGCACCCAGGCCGGCGCCCAAGCCCAAGCCAGCGCCAGCCCCAGCGCCAGCGCCAGCAAUGCCAGCAGCGCCUCUCCCGCCAGCGCCUCCGACGGCAGCGCCUUCGCCGCCUUCAGUGCCGUCGCGACCGGCAACACCAGCACUCGUCAGAUCGCCUGCCAUCCCAGAGGCACCUGGCCAUCUGCCUUACGACUACAUUGCCAGAUGCACAGGAAACUUCUCGCCAGACCGGGCUUUGGGGACUGGGGCUUAUGGAACCGUCUACCACGGAGUAGACAUGACCUCCGAAGGGCUCGUGGAGUUUGCUGCCAAGCGGAUGGAGUGCGAAGACCCUGACCAGCGAGUUUGCCUUGAGCGGAUGACCGAGGCCGAGAUCCGAGUCAACACCGCCUUCGCCCAUCCAAACAUCGUGAGGCUCAUCGGCUUCUGCUUUGACAUGGGUGCAGUUCUGGUCUACGAGCUCUUGCCAGAAGGGAGCUUGGACGGGCACUUGUGUGCAGAUGAUAGCGCUGCGAGGUUGACGUGGGGCCGCCGUAGCAGCAUCGUGUCUGGGCUUCUCGCGGCCGUCAGCUACCUGCACAAUCACGAUUCGCGAGGUCCAUGCUACCACAGGGACAUCAAGCCGGGCAACAUCAUGCUGAGCGCCGCUUUCUCCCCGAAGCUUGGGGACUGCGGCUUGUCGCGCUUUUUGCCUCAAGACCGGCCAGGGCAGAGCCGGGCGACCAUGCAAAUGACGACAGCGCGGGGGUUUCGGGGAACCCCCGGGUUCAUGUGCCCCCGUUACAUCGACACCGGGGCCUUCAACGACAAGUCGGAGGUCUAUUCGAUAGGAGUGACGAUCUUGCAGCUUAUCACUGCGCAGAUGGACUUUGCGGCCGAGCUGCCUGAUGGCUCCACCCUCCGUGACCUCAUCGAGGAAGCCGACGGCGAGCGCAUUGCUGCGAACCACGAUCGGCGCGUGGCCUUGGGAGCCAGCGCUGACGUUGUGCAGCGGCUGUCCUCCAUGGCAGCCGCGGCCGUGGAGCGAUUUCCGCGGCGCGUGCGGCUCCUGCCGCUGCUUCGCCAGGCCCGCGAGGCCCGCGAGGGUGGCGCCACGGAGGUGGCCGAGGUGACGGCCUUGAAGUCCGAGGUGGAGCGCAUGUCGGCCGAGCUGCGGGGCCUGCGGCUGCAGGAGCAGGUGGCGCAGCUUGCCCGGGCCGAGGCGGCCGAGGCCGAACGGGCCGAGCGUCGUCAGUGCGAGCUCUGCUUUGAGGAGGCUUCCUUGGAUGUCAACAGCCUAGUCUGUCCCAACGGGCACCUGAUUUGCACCGACUGCGCGCCCGAGAUGGUCAGGACUUUUCUGGAACGGGUAGGUGCGAGUGAUGCCAUGCUGGACGAUCAUCGAGAGCGGGGCGGCUUCAUUCCAUGCGUGCGGCGCCAUCCGGCAUUUCAACCGCAAUGCAACAGCCACUACACGGACCAGUGGCUCGCGCGAGCUCUGCCAGACGAGGUUUUCGUGGCAUACCGGGCUGCUCAGGAUGAAGUGACGGAGAACCGGAUCUGGGAGCAGCACAACCACCGCUUCCAGGAGGAGGUGGCCCGCAUCCAGCAGCAGUACGAGAGCGAGCAGUCCGCGCGCCGCGAGCACGCGGCCUCCGCGGAGUUCUUGCGUCGUCGCUAUCCCAAUGCCAAGAUGUGCCCCCGCUGCAGCUGCGGGCCUGUCAUCAACGAGAAUUGCUUCGAUCUUCAGAGUCACCACAACGAGGCCGUCGGCCGAAGUCGCAUCAACAACGCCUGCCGCCAAUGUGGGUUUUUCACCCGCGACUGGAAUCAGUGGCUGCCGUGGGAUGGUGUCUUGCGAGAGGCCACUGGCUAG